UUGUGCUCCCGAGUCACCCACUCUAUAGGUAGUUUGGGGGUGGUGGUGUUUCGUACUUGUGUGCGCGUGCGUGUUUUCUUGUCAUCCAUUCUACUCCACCUUUCACUACCACCUCUUUGCGCAUGCGUUAUGACUUUCCCUUUUCCUGCUCGGAUGAUAGGGGCUGCUUAUGCUGUCUGAUAUUCCAACCCUCCAGAAAACACGGCGCCUGCGUAGUAGCCGCUGCAGUAACCGCCCCGGGGCAAGGUGGGUGAGCGUGAAGUUGAUUAGCAUGGCGGCUGAGUUGGGGUCCGAGCUGGGCUGGCAGGCCUUGCCCACGGCCGUCCUGGGCGGCCUGAGCACACUGGGCAGCGAGUUUCUGCGCGAGUGGGAGGCGCAGGACAUGCGUGUGACCCUCUUCAAGCUGCUGCUCCUAUGGCUGGUGCUGAGCCUCCUGGGAAUCCAGCUGGCAUGGGGGGUGUACGGAAGCACCGUGACUGGCCUGUACCACCGCCCGUCCUCGGGUCUGGGAGGCCAGAAUGGCUCCACUCCAGAUGGUUCUUCCUUGUUUCCUCCGUGGGAAACUUCAGAAAACGAAGCAAUCAAAACCCAUCGUGAAUGAGGGAAGAAGGCUUCGCAGGCCUGACUUUCCUGCUGCCUCUGCACCAGCAGCCUGUCUCUGUUGGAUUCCUAUCUGCUAAGGGUCCCACUGACGCUUAGCAGUUGGGGUUUGUUUCUGGGGAGAUACCAUUCAAGGGAAUGGUGUGGGUUUGAGGAAAGCAGAGGAAACAAUACUGGGGUCAAAUCCCAGAAAGUCUCAUCACUUCCUCCCCCAGUUUUCCUUUUCUAGAGGUGCUUUCCCCUACUGAGACCCGGCCCUAGUGGAAGCAUGGCCUGCCUGACAUCUCCUUGCUAGCCUUCUCUCCCUUGUGGCCACCAGCUGUGGUCCCUUGACAGCUGACACCUUGGGGCAACCCAUGCCUGGAAUGAAUCCAGGAGGAGGUGGAAAGGAGGAUCCUCAGCCUUGCUUUUCUCUUGCAGUUGAGUCCUUUUCAGUAAGGCUGAGACUCCCAGCCAGCAGUGUCACAGUGGGGUGCUAACAGUUAUGAGGUAGCUUUGGAUAAAAAACAUUUCUGCUGUGCAGGCCUGUGGUGAGUUCUCUAGGAGAUCUCAUUCUUGAAGGGGAAAGAAAGUCCUGUGACUACCUAAUUCCUCCCACCUUCCAGGAGGCCUUUGGGGAAGAGACCUGCCCAGGACAGGAGUAACUUCCAGUUCCAGUCUUGCUGAAACCCUGCUGGGGCCAGCCUGGGUCUGAGAAGUGAGACAGGACUGGAAUGGACCAGUUUCACCGACUUAGAUGGGCAUGCUCCUGAUCCACUUAUACACAUUGCAUUAUCUCCCACCUGGGGCUGUACUUACAGCUUCCCCACAUAGGGGCAGUUGACUUCACAAAUGCAUCCAGGGUAUGGGCCUAGAACUAGAGUAAGACUUCAGCUUUGAUGGUUAUAUUCCUGAUGCUUGACAACAGAUCAGAUCAGACUCUCAGGGUCAGCAAAUGCAGAAUGACUUUUUUUUUUUGGCGAGGCAAUUGGGGUUAAGUGACUUGCCCAAGGUCACACAGCUAGUAAGUGUCAAGU